ACAUGGAAGCCGCCGUGCAGUUUGCUCGGCUUUUUAUUUAUUCCUACGUGAGCAGAGCCACUACACUUCUUGCAUAUAAACAGUGAAAAUUACAAUAUAAAGGGCUUAUUUUUCCUUCGUUUGGAGUUAUCUUGCUGCUGCUCAAAGGCUGUCUCGUUGUACAAGGAAGGGGGCGGCAUCCUCUGCAGGUAAUUCCACUGCUUUGAGCCUUAGGACGAAAGCUAAGGAGAAGGAAGUCAUUGUCAAGGCUCCUCGAAGAAGCGCUAUAGAAGGCACAUCUUGACUGCUCAUAAAGGCUGUCUGGUCUCCAGCGCUGGCCGCAGAGAUGCCGUGACCGCGAUUCUCAGCCAAAUGAACACCUCCAAAUAAAGGCUGCAGACGCUGCUCACUGCCUAAAUGUGAACUUCAGCCAAGACUCCACAACACAGAGCCCAGCCCUCUGAGUCUCCUCAAUGCCUUGAUUCUGCCCUGGUUAUACCCUUCUGGGUUGUGUGAGGCUAUUUAAGAAGUUAUGUUUCCCUCACUGAAAUACAGAGAAGCAACAUGGAAGAAAAUAAUGGCCCUAGCGGAGAAAUUUCUGAUUGACAUAUAAGUGGCGAAGUUCCCUUAGCAACAUCAUGUACCACCCAAGCAGCAGAGCCCCAGCUCGUCUCUUACUCUGCCUAUUCUCAUACUAUGGCAAGAAGAUAUGUUUAAGGUUCCCAUAGCCUUGCACUGCAAUUCAAGGCUUCUGGGAAAAGCAGCCACCAUAUGGUCUAGACAUAGCAGGUUCCUUUCAGAUUUCACACAUUCUGAGUGUGGCACUAUCCCCCAAAUGGUACAUUUAUUGUGUUUUUCUUCAUGACAAGGAGCCUCUAGGAUCAGAACUGCUCCUUUGAAUCCACCAAUAGGCGAGCCCACCAGUUCUCUUGGUAGGUCAGAUGCUUCAUAAUUAGCCUAACGCACUGAUAAUCUACUCAGUGGUUAUGACUAUAGUGGCAUAAUAUUUCAACUGCAGGGGAAGCAUUGUGGACAGCUCCUACAUAGACCAGUCAGGCUGGGAAUGGCCGGCGGGGCUUCCUGUAUUAAGAGGAGCGAGCCACUACAUUCUGCUUGGCCAUUCUCCUUGCCUCCAUCAUUAGAUACAGCUGUAAAGACCUAAGAGAGAUGUGUCCAGGACAAGUGUGUGGUUCUUCUCCUUCUCACUGAGGCUCAAUGGCCCAGCAAAGUAUGAAAGUGAGGCCUGUGCUCCUGAAGCGAAGCAGUCUUGAGUCUGUGGAGCUUGUAAAACAACCACACCAUCGCAGGAGCAAAUCGCAGCAAGUGCGAUUCAAGGAAGAUGGAAACGCUAAGAUUCCAACUGGCAUAACUGAGGUUGACGCCCAACCCCCCGAAGACCCGGGUGUGAUGGGGAAGACGCAGGCAUCUAGGCACCAUCAUCCUGCCACCUACUCACUGUCUUUCCCCAGGUCCCAUAAGGCAGGAGGCUUUCGCAGCAUCUCUAUCCAGACCUCCCCAAGUCUCAGGAAGCAUUUCCCAGUUUUCAAAAGUAAGAAACUCACAACUAGCAAGUCCCUGGUAGAAAUGCCAACAGCAUCCCCAAGUGCCAUCCAGGUCAACGGCAACCUCUCUGAACAGGAUAUUGUGUCUUCUGACCUUGCCUUCCUGAGGCUGGCUCAGCAUCUUGAUGACGGGCCUCGAAGGCUCAAAAUGCCCCACCCAUUUCUCCCUAGAAUGUCCAAGGUGCAAAGCAAUGGGCCUGUUAGCUUUUGCUUGGAAUCUGCUGCUUGGGGGUCCUCAGAGAAAGCAACAGCUGCCAUUCAGGUUCCAGAUGAUAUUUGUCACAGUCCAACCUGGGAGGCUAGAGAGCCGGCUUUCAGCCCGGAAAGCUCAGCUGAAGAAAGCAACUCCAUAACCCCUUUGGUAGCCAUGUGUCCAGGUGAUGGGCAAAGAGUGAUGACAUCAGAUCUGGAAAGAUUCCCCUCCUGCUCAAAUGCCAAUAGCAGUGCCAACAACACCCCAGGCACAAGCAAACUCACGCCUGAAUUGCUUUUGCCCAAAGACAACCCUGAUGACAAAGACCUUGGCCUUCUGUCAUCUCAGUCAAAGAAGAUGUGUGUUCCCUCACCACCACGGACUCACAGCUCCUCUGAGCCAGGCUCCCGUAGUCAGCCAGCCCAUGUAGGAAGAGUCUCCGAUUGCCCAGCAACAAGUGACACUCACCAGAACCUGGAAUCCCUCAGAAGUGGCAGUGCCUCCAAGUCUGUCUCUGUGUGCUGGGAGCAUGAGGCAAAGAUCUCCAGCCAGUCAGAUAGCCCAGCGCUUCAGACUGGUCUUGGAAGCGAGCACCUCCCUUCCUCGAUUCCAAGGCAUGAGAACAAACCUCAAAGCAGGGAGACUGGUGGGAGUAAUCACAGUCACCUGGCACAGGGGGAACUCUGUGACCUCCAGGGCCGGCUGCAAUCAGUAGAGGAAUCGCUGCACUCAAACCAAGAGAAAAUUAAAGUUCUAUUGAAUGUGAUUCAAGAUCUGGAGAAAGCUCGUGCUUUUACCGAAGGGCGCAACUUUUACCGGACUGGCCAAGAUCUCAACAACUGCAGCACCUGCCAGAACACGGCGUGCAUCAUAUACAGCGUAGAGUACGAUUUUCGGCAGCAGGAAGGCAGGUUCCAUGAGGUUCUCCAGAGCCUGGAGGAGGCAGAACCCGUGGAAGAAGCAUCUUCCCCACCCAAGUCCCCAGCAGAAGCCCCAGCCCCCGAGAAACAGGACUUACGGCGGAAAAGCAAGAAGGUGAAGAAGAAAUGCUUCUGGUGGAUAUGAGAGGAUUGGGGCUCCCACAUUCCUUCCUGAGAUGGGGGUCCCCUGUCCUCAAGGCCUCCCUUCUCCUCUGCAAAAGCGCAGGCUGGGAUCCCCUUGAGCCGUGAUACAGGAGUGCCUCAGAGCUGGUACACUGUUGGACACCUGUUCACCAACCUUACCUGAGUAUAUGUUGUUGCUUGCUGAGGAUUUUUGUGGCCACUUGUAUGGCCACUUGCUGAGCUGCCUGUCACACACAGCCAGGCCUCUUCCUCAUCUGCUGAGUCCAGAUCCCUACCGUAAGCAAACCUCCACAGCACCCCCAACCACCUCCCCAACACUAAGCAUUUCCUUUCCGCCCUGAGAUCAUCAAACCCCAGAGACACAGAAAUGAGUGUGUGCUGUGCACUGCAGAAAGAGAAAGGUUAUAAGCAGGUAUCCUAGCAAACAUCACACAAUAAACUGGCAGGGUUCUACGAGCUAUUGUACAAAAGCACAAUGGAAGUGAGCAGCGCCGAACAAUGGCAGAUCACCCUCAUGUAUUAGGUCACCCUCGUUUUUAGCUAGCCCUUAGAUCUCAAAUCGAGGGGCUGUCUUCUCGUAAAGUAUGGGCUGUGCAGGAUGUGGCAGAAUAAGGUUGCCCGUGGGCACGAGACACCUGUUGUGUGAUCUUUGUGACUAGAAUUCAAGUGACUUUCAUAGCUGUAGUCUUUCUGGGGCCACUUAAUUAUCAUAUGUCUCUGUAUGCCAAGUGGGAUAUAUGUGAGAGGGGCUUCAACUUUAGGAUCCCAUCGUUCAUUCACCUGGAACAUGAAGGGUCAUAAGACUCAGCAACUUGUACGUCAGUGUAUCUUAUCAAGCGACAUUAAUAAGGCUGAGCUACAAUACAGCAUUUUUUCUCAUCCAUGCAUCCUUGUGACAACCAUGUAGAUAGGCCCAAACAUGCUACUCUACAGUUUCCCUUCCUGGUGACCAGGCUCGGUCACCUGAUGUAGGAAGAAGCAGGACUGAGAACAAAGAUGAAAGCUCCUUCUUCCACAAGCUUUGAGUUCCUUAAGAUCUGGCUCAUCGUGUUCAUAAGACCUCCACUCUCGGAUGUCUGGUCAAGCUUGCAGGGCAAGCAAACUCCUAAAGCAGUGUAAUUAAGUGAUUGUUCCACACCCACUCAGCCUGGGUGAGGCAAGGCUUCCAGUCCCUUGCAUUAAAUUCAGUGCUCUGCCGGCCCGUGAUUGGACUGACACUGCCAAAAAAAAAAAAAAAAAAAAAAAAAAGUGUGAGCCACACCUAAAUGAAGAAAGCGUUUUGUAUCUGCUCCCUUGCCGGAGACCCGGUGUCUGUGUGAGUGUCUGCUGUGCACGUGCGAUGUGCAUACCCCACUGCAAAUUGGGACUGACUGAGCAAACCACCCCAACAAUUGCACUUCCCCUGUCACAGUGCUGCAGUGCAAAAGCUAUUUCAGGGAGAGCGAGGGAAAUUUGGCAAGGAAUGUGGGCUUGCACUAUUUAAGUCUUGGGCUGUCAUUCGAGAUGUUCUUUCUCUGCUUCUAGUGUAAUGUUUAAACCCACAAAGUGAGACCAGAAUAUAUAACGUCAAGUUAGAAUUAAGAUAAAUAGACUUGUCAUGCUUAAGAAACCAUAUUUCAAUUAGAUAAGUUACCACUGGCCAAAAGCCACAGAUCUUUCUGUAUCCACACACUCAACUCUCAGUUGGCCCCAGCAAUGGAAAAAAACAGUGCAGAGGAUAAUCCAAUAAAGCAAAAUCAUUUGGGAUCUCUUACAUAAUUUUAUUCUUGUAGCGGUGCUUCCAUCUUAAUUUGUUUUGCUUACACUAAUUUCAAAUGAGUUUAUAUUCCAGUACAUCAGGACGGAGUGAGAAUAUUCUUGCACUUAGAUUCCAGAGACCUAGGCAAUAGGAUAGCCUAUUCCAGUAACCUGGAGAAAGUGGUGUGAUUGUGUCCUUCGUUGACCGGGCUGAGGAAUGACUACUCCCCCUGACUUCUAAGCUAUGUGUACCUUCUCUCAGUGUGUGUGUGUGGGGUUACAAGCUGUGAGAGCUAACUGCAGCCUUUGCCCUGGCUAGCCUGGAAAGAAUAGGAGAUGUCUGGGGUAGCUCCUAUACAUGGUGAGUUAGGGACCUUGCAUAAACUCUGAGCUGAGUGAGACGAAACUGAGAUUGGAAAAUGUUGGCAUUCCUAGAAAGAAACCCAACCAAGGUUAUAUGGUUCUAUACCAAAGCACACCACCACAUCGAAUUGCUUAGGCUACACCAAUCUACACCUGGAGAGGAGGUCCCUUCUGGAAAUUGAAUCCUGAAAAUCAGUAUGUGGGAAAAGGAUUGAUAAACACCAGCCUGCUGAACAAAAAGGAUCAUCUCCACAUUAAAUAAAAAAAUCGUACUCAUAUAUACCAAAACUCUCUUGUCUGCUACUCGUGUUGAAUAGCAGUGUUUCUUUGUAAAAUAGUAUGUAAAAUGAUAUUCUACAGAAAUGUUAUACUUGAGGUUAUAUGGUUUUAUGGAAAGAGAUUAAUUUAGAAAAAAAAAUUACUUUUAUGAAAUGGAAAGGACUGCUUAAACUGCAGGGGUUUAAUGUAGCUUUUCCCUCUAUAGUUAAAACACUCAGUAUCCCUGGAACUUAAUACCAGCUCAUCUGUAGAGCGCCUUCUUGAAGACAAUGUAUCACUGUAAGGUUUUGUAAAUUUCUAAACUGUUUUAAAUGGGAUAUUAUCUUUUGCAAUAAACUUAAGUAUUUUU